ACUCAAGGAAAGUCUUUUCUUCGAACUGCUAAUUGGGUGUUAAUGAAAGAAGAUGUACAUACUGAAAGGGAAAUCAAAAUAUUUAACAUCUAAGUGAUUUCGUCAACAACUAUCACUUCCAUAUUCUCUCCGAUCAUACGCACACUUUAUGCGUCUCUAUAUAUAAAGGGAUAUUGGGAACGAAAAGAAUAUUAUCGAUUUCGCGUUCAAAAUGAUAAACACACGUUCAGUUGUUCUUUUAGUUCUCAUCGUAAUUCACCUCAGUAGUGCUAAUGCUGAAGAUGGACUUGAAGCAAGAAAAAAACACCAUAUCAAACAUGGGUUAUUUUAUGGUUCAGCACUCAUACAAUAUUUGACGUUCUUGGCAAUCAAAGUUAAAUUGGUUCUUGUUAUUGGAGUCAUUUUCACCGUCAUAGUAUUUGGUGGGAAACUCUUCGCUUUGGUGAAAUAUGCAGGAUUUCAAGACUCUUAUCAUCACCCGAAAGAAGUAUACAUCCACAGCCCCCAUGACGCGGAAUACAUACAAGACCACUCAGAUUUUAUAGGACCCCAUGAGAUAGAGCAUCCCUUCAAGAGAUUCUCGACAGUAAAUUACGAUAUGAACAAAAGGAAAAACGACAAUUUGGCUGGAUACAAAAGGAGUUCAACAAAUAUAAAUUACAUUGAAAAAUUGAUGUCUUUUCUCAUGAGGUUGAAUCUGACCGAGAGGAUAUUCAAAGAGAUGAAGAUGGAUCGAGUAGAGUGUCGAAAAAAAUUUGUGUGUGAAACGAAGUUCAUAGCCGAAAACAGUUCCUUGUUCAGGGCUGUUAUGAGGUUGAUGAGUGAUUCAACUUUUGAGAGCUACAAACCGAAUAAUAAGACGAACUCUAUAGCGGAAUGUAGGAAUAUGUAUCCAAAUUGUGAAGUGAGAUGAAGCAUGUUCUGAAUAUUCAUCAAAGGCCGAUAUAUUAUUCAUUAAUUUAUUUAUAUUUAUGCUAAUUUAUUUAUUUAUAACUGUGCAACAAUUAAUAAAGUAUAAUAAUAUUGAAUAGUAUUGU